CAACAACGGACGCCAAGCGAGUUUGCGCACUCGGGUGACAGGCCGCAUUUACGUUUUCUUAACCAUAUCCGUUAGUUGCGUUAUAAAGCAAACAGUCUAGUUGAAAGACACCGAUUCCACAGCGUUAAAUGCAGGAUACGGAAAACAUGGCGGCUGAGCUCGAAUUCGAGGAAGACGAGCCACCGUUCAGCGAUCCGGAGGAUUUUGUGGAUGACAUCGAUGAUGAAGAUUUGACAGCACAAGAGCAAGUGCUCACGGUCCGUUUCUCUUGUCAAUUGUUGGAAGAUGUUUUGCGAGAGAGACCUCUGGAAGCUGAUGGGAUAGAUUCAGUGGUCGUGGUGGACAACGUUCCCCAGGUGGGCCCUGAACGUCUGGAGAAACUGAAAAAUGUGAUCCAUAAAAUCUUCUCCAAGUUUGGAAAAAUCACCAAUGAAUUUUACCCUGAAGCAGCUGGGACCACCAAAGGGUAUAUAUUUUUGGAGUAUGCAUCUCCCAACCAAGCCCUGGAAGCAGUGAAGAACGCAGAUGGUUACAAACUGGACAAACAGCACACAUUCAGAAUCAAUCUGUUCACCGACUUUGAUAAGUACAUGAACAUUAGUGACCAAUGGGAAACACCUGAAAAACAGCCAUUUAAAGAUUUUGGUAACAUGAGACAUUGGCUUGAGGAUCCAGACUGUCGUGAUCAGUAUAGUGUCAUCUAUGAAUCUGGAGAGCGAACGGCCAUAUUUUCCAAUGAUCCAAAAGAGCCCAUGUUGGCUGAGGAGAGAUCUCGCUGGACAGAGACUUAUGUCCGCUGGUCACCCAAAGGCACGUAUCUGGCCACCUUCCACCAGCGGGGAAUUGCAUUGUGGGGAGGAGAGAAGUUCAAGCAGAUACAGAGAUUCAGCCACCAGGGUGUAUCGCUCAUCGAUUUCUCCCCAUGUGAGAGGUAUGUGGUGACGUUCAGCCCAUUGAUGGAUACUAAAGAAGACCCUCAAGCCAUCAUCAUCUGGGAUAUUUUGACGGGACAGAAGAAACGAGGCUUUCAUUGUGAGAGUUCAGCGCACUGGCCUAUUUUUAAGUGGAGUCAGGAUGGAAAGUUCUUUGCCAGAAUGACACAAGACACUCUGAGCAUCUAUGAGACCCCUUCGAUGGGUUUGCUAGAUAAGAAGAGUUUGAAAAUAAACGGAAUAAAAGAUUUCUCUUGGUCUCCUGGGGACAACAUCAUUGCUUUUUGGGUCCCGGAAGACAAAGACAUUCCAGCGAGGGUCACGCUCAUGCAGUUCCCGUCCCGUCUGGAGAUCCGGGUGCGGAAUCUUUUCAACGUUGUGGACUGCAAACUACACUGGCAACGGCAGGGUGACUACCUGUGCGUGAAAGUGGACAGAACACCCAGAGGAACACAGGGCGUCGUCACUAACUUCGAGAUCUUCCGCAUGAGAGAAAAGCAGGUUCCUGUGGACGUGGUAGAGAUGAAAGAGAGCAUCAUUGCAUUUGCCUGGGAGCCCAAUGGAAGCAAGUUUGCGGUACUACAUGGAGAAUCACCCAGAAUAAAUGCCUCCUUCUACCAUGUCAAAAGCAACGGCAAGAUUGACCUUAUCAAGAUGUUUGAUAAACAGCAGGCUAACAGCAUCUUCUGGAGUCCUCAGGGUCAGUUCCUGGUGUUGGCAGGACUACGGAGUAUGAAUGGAGCGCUUGCGUUCGUGGACACAUCAGAUUGUACCAUCAUGAAUUUCGCAGAGCAUUACAUGGCGUCCGACGUGGAGUGGGACCCUACGGGCAGAUACGUGGUGACUUCUGUUUCCUGGUGGAGCCACAAGGUAGACAAUGCGUACUGGCUCUGGACGUUCCAGGGCCGCCUUUUGCAGAAGAACAACAAGGACAGAUUCUGCCAGUUGCUAUGGCGACCGUGCCCUCCGUCUUUACUCGGUCAAGAGCAAAUAAAGGCAAUUAAGAAGGACCUGAAGAAAUAUUCUAAGAUAUUCGAGCAAAAGGACAGACUGAGUCAGUCCAAAGCUUCCAAGGAGUUGGUAGACAAGCGUCGCUUGAUGAUGGAAGAAUAUAGGAGAUACAGAGAUAACGCCAUUCAGCUUUACAACCAACAGAGAGAUCUGCGCCUCCAACUUCGAGGAGGUGCGGACACAGAUGAGCUGGACAGUAAUGUGGAGGAUUGGGAAGAGGAAACCAUCGAGUUCUUCAUCAAUGAAGAGAUUAUUCUUCUGGGAGACUUGGAGUAAGAUACUGAAAGCAGCCAUCGUGAGACACAAUGUUCACCUACAGUACAGAUAGCAUCACGGGUCUGUUAACAAGUGACUGAUAUGAGAAGAACAGCGAUUAACAGUAUAUUCCUAUAGAGAAGUGAUGAGGUUUUUAUUCAGUUCAUAUUGCCAUUUUGUCAACACUAUUUCAAGCAUUACAAUAUCAUGUAGCCUAUCAUUUAUAUAAAAGAGUGAAGGACCGUGAAUAGAUUUGCUAUUUGAAAAUUGACUUGUGUUUCUUAGAAAGAGUGGUACUGUUCUGUAGGGUACGGUUUCUUUAAAAAAAAAAAAAGAUUUUUUUUGGACAUUGGUCUAUAGCAUUUUACAUAAUGGGGAAAUCUUUGAAAGACUAUUUUUGUUUUCUCUGACAUUCCAAAUGAAGUAUUUGUAGACAGCAUAACAUCACGCUUGAAUUAUUUGACAUGCUCAAAUGUUUCAAUAUCAUCACAAAUAAUUUAGGCAACUGAAGACAGUUAAAGGAGUGAACUAUUUAUUAGAUAGUUGUGGUUUAUGACAUUAACAAAAUCAUUUUGUAAAUGAGUGACACUGACAUUUUUAUAUAAACAUUUUCUUUGUAUUUUAUUUCAUUUUUAUUACAGCCAAGGUGCACUUUUCUACGGUGGCCGGGAAGUGCAAAACAAAACAACAAACACAAUAUCAAAUCUAAAAACAAAAUAGCAGAUCAUAAAACACAACAACAAUUCGGGAAAACAAAAUAACAAGUCAGAAACCACAUCGACAAGUCAGAAAACACAAUGACAAAUCAGUCAAACCGGAAAAGGCAGGUAUUUUGUUAGAAUGGGAUAGCUACUGCUGAUUGGACGAAACUCCUG